AAGUUAGAAGAAGCCGGAAUGGCGGAAUACACAGAUCUUCGUGGUGCAGGCGAUGAGGUUCCCGAACUAUCCGACAGUGAGGAUGAAGACCAGUGGAUGGAGGAAGGAGAUGAACAUGAGACUGAAGAGCGUGUGUUGUGCCUCUUCUGUGACAGGUGUCUCCAUUCUGUUUCUGAAACUCUCCAUCACUGCCAGGUGGAUCACCGCAUUAGCAUUGAAAGUUUGGUGAAAAAACACCGGCUUGAUGAUUAUGGAUAUAUAAAAAUGAUAAACUACAUCAGAACAGAGAAGUGCAGUGUGGAGAGUUUGGCGUCGUGUUCAGGCAGUGUUUUGCCGUGGAGCGGAGACGAGUACAUGAAGCCGGCUCUGCCUGAUGACGCUCUGCUACAGAUCGAUGUGGAGGAGUUGAGUGGAGACGCAGCGUGUGAUGACGUGUCCACGUGGGUUCAGAGAGCACACGAGGCAGAGGAGAAUCUCAGCCGUGCCAUGGAAGACCUGCAUAAACUCAAAACAUUUGCACAGGGCCUGGUGCUGAAUUCAGACGUGACACAGAAGCGUGUAGGGAGUGUAGCAGAGCUGCGAGAAGACGAAGACGAGGCCUAUUUCAGUUCUUAUGGGCAUUACAGCAUCCACGAAGAGAUGCUCAAGGAUAAAGUGCGCACUGAGAGCUACCGGGAUUUUAUGUACGGCAACCCAGAUUUGUUCAAGGACAAAGUGGUGCUAGAUGUGGGCUGUGGCACGGGAAUCCUAUCCAUGUUCGCUGCUCGUUCUGGGGCAAAGAAAGUUAUUGGUGUUGACCAGUCAGAAAUCAUCUACCAUGCCAUAGACAUUGUCAGAGCUAAUCAUCUCGAAGACACAAUCACGCUGAUUAAAGGCCGGAUGGAGGAAGUGGAGCUUCCGGUGGAGAAAGUGGACAUCAUUAUUUCAGAGUGGAUGGGAUACUUCCUCCUGUUUGAGUCGAUGCUGGAUUCAGUGAUCUUCGCCAGGAGUCGAUACCUCGCAGAGGGAGGUUCAGUUUAUCCUGACCGAUGUAGCAUUAGCCUGGCAGCAGUGAGCGAUGCCGAGAAACACCGUGAUCAUAUUGCAUUCUGGGAUGACGUUUACGGCUUUAAGAUGGCAUGUAUGAAGAAGGCGGUGCUUCCCGAAGCCGUGGUCGAGGUUUUGAAACCUGAAACGGUCAUCUCCGAGCCGACUGUUAUUCAGACAUUGGACUGUAAUGCUGUCACUGUCUCUGAGCUGAAUUUCACUGCUGAUUUUACUCUGAAGAUAACAGCAAACACAUACUGCACCGCAGUGGUGGGUUAUUUUGAUAUUUUUUUUGACCGAGACUGCAUGAACAAGGUGAUGUUCUCUACAUCUCCUCACUGCACUAAGACUCACUGGAAGCAGACAGUCUUCUUUCUAGAGAAUCCAAUCCCCGUCCAAUCAGGUGACGAACUGCCAGGACAAAUAACGGUCUGUAAGAACAGGAAGGAUCCACGAGCAUUAAUCGUGACGCUAAAGAUUGCCGAUUGGAAGCAGACAUACUGUCUGCAAUAAAACUCAGAAACACUGAUGGUUUUCAUCGUGGGGCCAAACAGCUUCGCAAAUUGAAUUGAUGUACAAUUGUUUUAGUCUGUAAUAAAACUCUGGCAAAGAA